AUGGUGGAGAUACAAAUAGACAGCAAAAUCAGAGCCUUUACUGUUGUUUAUAUUCUUCAGCUCUCCUGCGCGUCCGAGAAAAAAACCCGCUCUUAUUAUGUAUUUUUUUUGUGUGCAUCAUUGUUGUUUGAUAUGGGACUUUCCCUACUUGAGAACCUUGCACUUAGAUAUGGGAAUCCAAUAAUCAUAUUGAACUUAAUAAAGACCCACGAGAAGAAGCCCCGUGAAUCUCUGCUCUGUGCAGAAUUUGCAAAGGCUAUUCAUUACAUUAACAAGAGCCUAUCUGAUGACAAGUGUCUAAAAUUUCUGCACAUGGAUCUGAGUAAUCUUUUUCGAAGGAAAGGCACCAAUGUGCUUGCACUGUUGAGCAAGGUGGCAUCAGAUGUGUUGGAUCUAACUGAAUUCCUCCACUGUGAAAUAAGUACAUCAACAAAAUUUGAUGACAUCUCAAGGUAGUGAUAUUUUUUCCUU